UUCCUUCUGUAGACAGUGACGAGUUUCCUUGGUGUGGGAUGCUGUUCAACACACAGACCGUGGAGGUGAUGGUGGACUACAACAGAUAUGCUGGGCAAGCCAUCCGAGAUACGAUCACGAUAGAUUUCUCUGCCCAGCCUGGUGCCUCCAUGAAGAACAAGCUGCUAAUGUUCUUGAGGCAAAAGUGUCAGGGGCUGUACAUGGAUCCGCAGAUCAACAGCGUAACGAGGAGGAUCGUCAGCACCUACAGGGUGUUCCUGUUGGCCGCCUACAAGCUGCACUGCUUCAUCCUCAACUCUUGGCCAGCCAGACGCCGGAACAACCAUCGCUUCCUGAUAGAAGUCAUCCUCAACCUUGCCAGCUACCUUCAUUUCAAGGUCAAGGCCAAUGUGACGCAAGCCACAGACAAGGAUGGGGGCACAUCGCUGUUACCAUUGCCUCUUGUGAAGUGGCUGUGUGUGCAGGCCCACGUGGUGAAACUCCAGCAGCACCACUCCAUGUACAGCUCCCUGCUCACCUCGCUCAAGGCCUACAGGAAGGGCUUCUGGAGGAGGAUGAUCCCCCAGCACAGGUGUGAGGUGGAGGUCCUCAAAAAGAAUCCCAUCCCUGUAGAGUUCCAACAGAUCCUGGAGAGGUGAUCAGACAUGUGCGAUACUGUAGAUGCUGAGUGGUGAUAUAUCUGAAUAUAGGGACAUGUUUUGUCAUGUUAUAUCUGCUUGUCAUGGAGAACCGAUCAAUCAUGUUAUAUCUGCAUGUCAUGGAGAACCAAUCAAUCAUGUUAUAUCUGCAUGUCAUGGAGAACCAAUCAAUCAUGUUAUAUCUGCAUGUCAUGGAGAACCAAUCAAUCAUGUUAUAUCUGCAUGUCAUGGAGAACCAAUCAAUCAUGUUAUAUCUGCAUGUCAUGGAGAACCGAUCAAUCAUGUUAUAUCUGCAUGUCAUGGAGAACCAAUCAAUCAUGUUAUAUCUGCAUGUCAUGGAGAACCGAUCAAUCAUGU